ACAUGAUUUUUUUAUUUUUGACAAAUUGAGUCACUUUCUUUCUGGACAAUAAUUAAUGACUUUGGGGAAAAAUUUACCAUUUGGAGCAUUUUUUAAGCAAAUCUAUGACAUGGACAAAUUUUAGGGAGACUUUGUGAAAAACUAUUGGUCAUUUGAACAAGUUGUUGAACUCUGUCCUACAUUCUGUUAUCGUGAAACUUCACAGAUUCAGUCUGAAACCUCCUGAACCGCUUUGAAACCAUCAGACAUGCGUGACAUUUCCUUGUUAAAGUCUGGAAGGACAUCACGCUAACGCUGUCCCUCUGAGGCCUCUGAUAACAAACAGGAACCUCACCUGGUGCUCACUGAUUCAGUCUCUGGUUUCUUCUUCUGUCCUUCACACCUUUCAGGCAGUUUUUGCCCUGCUGAUGGAGAUUUUGAUGCUUUCUGAGUCCUGUCUGGGAGAUCGAAGGAUUUUAUUAAUGGGAGCCCAGAAGGAAUUGGAAACCACAAAUCAACACGUUGACUCAAAACCACAGAUAGAACACAAAGUGAGAGAUUUAAAGACACUAAGUAGAGCAGCUUAAUGAGCCCAAGAGCUAAAUGAACCUUCAGGAAUGAUGGUAAAUAUUUUCCUGUGUUUGGAACAUUUUCAUAGAACUCAGCAUCAGUUCUUCAGCUGUUUAGGUUCUCAUUCUGCUGCAGACAAUGACCCCAGACAUACAUAUCUAUAUUUAUCAUACUUAUAUUUAUCCUUCACCUACGUCUGUCCCAUGUUUGUUUCAGUUAAAUUCUUUACUGAACAGGAACUUUAGACGUUCCACAGUGUUACAUGAUGAUGAAGCACAACGUUUGUAAAAACUUUGGAGAACAUUAAAGCGUGACAGUCUAACAAACAUGUCUUGGGUUAUCCUGUGUUUCAGAAGAACAUUCUGGGAACUGAAAGAGAACUUCCUACUAAAAACAAUAUUAGUCCUUUGCAGAACUUUCCCAGAACGUUUUUGAAAUAAUGAAAUUCUAACAUGCUAUUUAUAGGGAGUUAAAACCAGAAAAAGCCUGAAAGUCGUCCAUGCGUCGGUUCUUCACAUGGAUCUGGUGUCACUGCCACUCCUCAGCGCUCACUAAAUCUAACACAGUUGACUGCAGCUUGUCACACGGAGACUUUACAUCACCAAGAACUCUUCACAACGUUGCCAAGAGCCCGAGAAGAGUCAAAACAGUGUGGAUGCCUGCAGACGUUCUUCUCCCUGUCGUAGUAAACAUCCGGAAGGAACCAGUCUGUCCAUCAGAUGAGAGCUGGCAUCGGGCCUCCAGUGGGUCAGAUCAGUGGCUGCUGGCUGGAAUCCAUGAGGAUCAUAGGAACCCUUUUUAAAGUAAAAUAAGAAUGAAAACAGGAACCCUGAGGAACACGUUGAUGUUGGAUGUUAUUGUUGGAUGCUGAUGGUGGAUACUGAUGCUGUAUCAUGAUGUUGGAUGCUGAUGUUGGAUGUUGGAAUGCUGAUGUUGGAUGUUAAUACUAAUGUUGGAUGUUAAUGUUGGAUGUUGAUGUUGGAUACUAAUGCUGUAUCAUGAUGUUGGAUGCUGAUGUUGGAUGUUGAUGUUGGAUGCUGAUGUUGGAUGUUGAUGUUGGAUGCUGUAUCAUGAUGUUGGAUGCUGAUGUUGGAUCUUAAUGUUGGAUGGUCAUGUUGGAUGCUGUAUCAUGAUGUUGGAUGUUAUUGUUGGAUACUAAUGCUGUAUCAUGAUGUUGGAUGCUGAUGUUGGAUGUUGAUGUUGUAUGCUGUUUCAUGAUGUUGGAUGCUGAUGUUGGAUGUUGAUGUUGGAUGCUGUUUCAUGAUGUUGGAUGCUGAUGUUGGAUGCUGUUUCAUGAUGUUGGAUGCUGUUUCAUGAUGUUGGAUGCUGUUUCAUGAUGUUGGAUGUUGAUGUUGGACGCUGAUGUCGGAUGCUGUUUCAUGAUGUUGGAUGCUGAUGUUAGAUGCUGAUGUUGGAUGCUGUUUCAUGUUGUUGGAUGCUGAUGUUGGAUGUUGUUUCAUGAUGUUGGAUGCUGAUGUUGGAUGCUGUUUCAUGAUGUUGGAUGCUGAUGUUGGAUGCUGUUUCAUGAUGUUGGAUGCUGAUGUUGGAUGCUGUUUCAUGAUGUUGGAUGCUGUUUCAUGAUGUUGGAUGCUGAUGUUAGAUGCUGAUGUUGGAUGCUGUUUCAUGUUGUUGGAUGCUGAUGUUGGAUGCUGUUUCAUGAUGUUGGAUGCUGUUUCAUGAUGUUGGAUGCUGAUGUUAGAUGCUGAUGUUGGAUGCUGUUUCAUGAUGUUGGAUGCUGAUGUUGGAUGCUGAUGUUGGAUGCUGUUUCAUGAUGUUGGAUGCUGAUGUUGGAUGUUGUUUCAUGAUGUUGGAUGCUGAUGUUGGAUGCUGUUUCAUGAUGUUGGAUGCUGAUGUUGGAUGCUGUUUCAUGAUGUUGGAUGCUGUUUCAUGAUGUUGGAUGCUGAUGUUAGAUGCUGAUGUUGGAUGCUGUUUCAUGAUGUUGGAUGCUGAUGUUGGAUGUUGAUGUUGGAUGCUGUUUCAUGAUGUUGGAUGCUGAUGUUGGAUGCUGUUUCAUGAUGUUGGAUGCUGUUUCAUGUUGGAUGCUGAUGUUAGAUGCUGAUGUUGGAUGCUGUUUCAUGAUGUUGGAUGCUGAUGUUGGAUGUUGAUGUUGGAUGCUGUUUCAUGAUGUUGGAUGCUGAUGUUGGAUGCUGUUUCAUGAUGUUGGAUGCUGUUUCAUGAUGUUGGAUGCUGAUGUUGAAUGAUGUUUCAUGAUGUUGGACGCUGAUGUCGGAUGCUGUUUCAUGAUGUUGGAUGCUGAUGUUAGAUGCUGAUGUUGGAUGCUGUUUCAUGUUGUUGGAUGCUGAUGUUGGAUGUUGUUUCAUGAUGUUGGAUGCUGAUGUUGGAUGCUGUUUCAUGAUGUUGGAUGCUGAUGUUGGAUGCUGUUUCAUGAUGUUGGAUGCUGUUUCAUGAUGUUGGAUGCUGUUUCAUGAUGUUGGAUGCUGAUGUUAGAUGCUGAUGUUGGAUGCUGUUUCAUGUUGUUGGAUGCUGAUGUUGGAUGCUGUUUCAUGAUGUUGGAUGCUGUUUCAUGAUGUUGGAUGCUGAUGUUAGAUGCUGAUGUUGGAUGCUGUUUCAUGAUGUUGGAUGCUGAUGUUGGAUGCUGAUGUUGGAUGCUGUUUCAUGAUGUUGGAUGCUGUUUCAUGAUGUUGGAUGCUGAUGUUGGAUGCUGUUUCAUGAUGUUGGAUGCUGUUUCAUGAUGUUGGAUGCUGAUGUUGGAUGCUGUUUCAUGAUGUUGGAUGCUGAUUUUAGAUGCUGAUGUUGGAUGCUGUUUCAUGUUGUUGGAUGCUGAUGUUAGAUGCUGAUGUUGGAUGCUGUUUCAUGAUGUUGGAUGUUGUUUCAUGAUGUUGGAUGCUGAUGUUGGAUGCUGUUUCAUGAUGUUGGAUGCUGAUGUUGGAUGCUGUUUCAUGAUGUUGGAUGCUGUUUCAUGAUGUUAGAUGCUGAUGUUGGAUGCUGUUUCAUGAUGUUGGAUGCUGUUUCAUGAUGUUGGAUGCUGAUGUUGAAUGAUGUUUCAUGAUGUUGGAUGCUGAUGUUGGAUGCUGUUUCAUGAUGUUGGAUGCUGAUGUUAGAUGCUGAUGUUGGAUGCUGUUUCAUGAUGUUGGAUGCUGAUGUUGGAUGCUGAUGUUGGAUGCUGUUUCAUGUUGUUGGAUGCUGAUGUUGGAUGCUGUUUCAUGAUGUUGGAUGCUGCCUAGGCGCCCACAGUGUCUCCAGAGGUGACCUUCCUGUGGGGGAGGGGAUGCUGACCCUCAUUUAGGCCAUUCUGUUACUGACAGUGAAAUGUGAGCAGAUCGGAGGUCAGCUUCUUCCCUCAGCUGCAGCAACUCGCUAAUAAACAAAGACUCGUCAUUACAUCACUUCACAGCUGCUCCCCACAUGGGAAUUAAUCCGUAACAUACUGUGCACGCGAAUAAUCAGCCGCCAUAGAGCCGGGCAGGUCGCUGCCUGUUCAAGGGAUUUUCAGUAACCUUUCUGGAGUCGCUUCCGUUCUUGGCCGUCUUCGAUUGUCAUCAGAGAUCCAUGUUUCGGCUCACAGCCUCACGACGUUCAGACCGGUAGGCGAAGCUGUGGACCCAGAGCUGUCAAAAUGUGUUUUCCUGAACACGACGCACCACUUCCAUUCAUUCCUGUCUUUUUUCUGACAUACCUCUGAGAAACUGAAGCUGUUAAAAUGCAGUUUCAUCAGAGAGCCUUGGGACUUAAAUAAAUUCUGAACCCUCCAGCAGCCAGGAAGAAAUGAGAGUUUGAGAUUUCUGAAGCAGUUCCUUGAUUUAGUUUCUUUUUCCACCGAGUGUGGAUGAAGUUGUGGUUUCAGAGACUGCUUCCUGCUGACCUGUCCAGAGAAUUAGAAGCUCACAUCUUCACUCUGAGUGGAACUUCAGCUCCAGACUCAUGGACUUCCUGUGGAACUGAUACGAUGUUUUAUUUGAUCUGGUUUAGUGCCGUUAAUGUCCAAAAAAAAUAAUUUAAAACAUUCUGAUAGUAGUUUGUGAUUCAUUGGACUUGCCUUGGAACUUGCCAGUUUGGACUUGGGACUUUAAAAUAACAGUAAAUUUUUGUGAAACAGGAAGUAUUUUGGGUCCUUUUUUCUCAUAAAUGUCAUUUUAUAGUCAGGAAGUGUAAAAAUAUUCAUAAUACCAGUUAAAUAUGGAGGUUUAUGGGGAUGUGAUUCACAGUUUUACUUUGUUUUACUGUAAUUUAAAGUUUUAUGUUCUGUGACAGUAAAGUUACAGUUAGAUGAGGUUAAUAAGGUGAUUUUUAUUUAUUUUUUUACAGUGUACUGGUGAGGUUAAUAAGGUGAUUUUUAUUUAUUUUUUACAGUGUACUGGUGAGGUUUAUAAGGUAAUUUUUUAUCUUUUUUUACAGUGUACUAGUGUGGUUCUGCCAGGUGCUGGAAGGAGGUCAGCAGGACGUAAACUCAGACACUAAUUAUUUUAAUUGAGCUGGUUUAAUUGUCUGAACGUUCAGAUUCUGUGGCACAGAAAAAGUCAAUCUGUCGGUGGGAUCACGUGAUCAGGAUCCAGCGCUAACGAGGAGCUCCGGGUCACAUGACGUCUCGUUAGAUUCGUCCAGAGCUCUGAUUCAAGUCUUAAUGAGACGGCCUGUAAAAAGCAAUGUGAUGAUGUUUUUCUUUCACCUUACAACAAAUAACUGUGAAUUAAUGUGUUCUUAAAGUUUAUUUUACAUAUUUGUACUUUUUCUGUGAUUUAACCAGUUAGUAUCUGUAGUUUAACAAGACUAGAAAAGUCUUUAAAUCAGUCACAAGUUAAGCCAACAAGUCUCAAGUGAAGUUCCAAGUCAAAUCCAACAACUCCCAAGUUAAAGACCAAGUCCCAAGUGAAGUCCAACAAGUCCUAAGACGAGUCCAACAAGUUCAAGGUUGAAGCUAACAAGUUCAAAGCCAAGUCCCUAGUCCAGCCAACAAGUUCCAGACUAACAGGUCUCAAGUCAAGACUAACAGGUCCCAAGUCAAGUUCAUCAAGUCUUAAGUCAAGAUGCAAGUCAAGUCCCAAGUCAAGUCCCAAGUUGAGCCACAAGUCCUAAAUCAAGUCCUGUGUCCAAGUCCCAGGUUGAGUGUUAAAGUUCAAAAUCAAGUCACAAGUUAAGACCAAUAAGUACUCAGUUCAGUUUAACAAGUCCUUGAUCGAGUCCAAGUCCAGACUCAGCAGUCAGCUGUGAUUUUUAGGCGUGAACAGAAUCAGUCCUUGUGAACUUUGUCCUGCUCACCUGUGACUAAAGCUCUACCUGAGUCUGUUCCAGGUGAGGAUCGUAUUUCAGACACGCCCACCUCUGCUGCUCAACAAAGCGAAAAGCUCUCAAACGUCUUUCCCCGUCCAAAGGUUCGUACCGAAGAACUUCUCCUUCCUUCAUGGACUCUCACGGAAAAUCAGGGAAGGUUUACCUCCGACCACACAAAACUGGAAAAAAAUGGAAGCCGGUCUGGUUGUCUCUGUUUCCCCCCAGCAGCAGUGGAGUCGGUCGACUGGAGAUCCAGGAUAUGGGAGGAGGAGGUUCUGGAGGUGACAGGAAGGUGGUCCGGCUGUCGGAGCUGAUCAGCGUCCUCAGACUGCCACCAAACGCUGAGGCCUGUCCCACGGAGAACAUGGCGGCCUUCUGCGUGGAGACCCGGGACAGGACCAUGGUGUUUGCCGCCCCCAAAGGCGAGAGCGUGGACUGGGUGGACAAACUGUGUCUCAGCACGUUUCAGAGAGGAGGAGGUUCGACCUCCAGUCAGCGUCACAUGGAGGAGAACCAGAUCUACGCCUCAGCAGAUGAAGCUCCACAGUUCUGGGUGGUGGUUCAGAGGACGGAUGCAGCGGCUCGCUGCGGCCUGCAGAGGGCGUACUGGCUGCAGGUGGACCGAGAGGCACUGCUGCUGAGAGAAACCCAGAAGGAGAAGAAGGUCGUUGCAGAGUGGCCAUACGAACUGCUGAGGAGAUAUGGGAAGGAUAAGGCGGCGUUAACCAUUGAAGCCGGCCGACGCUGUGACUCUGGUCCUGGAACCUUCACCUUUGAGACGCAACAAGCUGAGAACAUCUUCUCCCUGAUCCAGAGCACCAUCAAGCAGAAGACUUCAUCAGGAAACCACAACCUGGAGGCUGAGAAGGUGGUGGUGGCCAACAUCCAGGCUCAUUCUCCUCUCCCCAGAAUACCCGACAUGACCAGCAUGGCCGCCCUCCUGGAGAACCAGCUGAGGACUCUGGGGAGGAAGUCUCCGGCGUUGGACGAGGGUUCACCUGUUCAGGUAGAUUUGGUCGGUAAAUCAGAUCCAUCACAGCCGGCUCCCAUCACCCUCAUGCCACUCCCAUUGGUCCCCACACAUGAGGGAAGUCAUCACGGCGGCCAAUCAGACGGCAUCUACGCCGACCCAUCUGACUGCAUCCAGCCGGUCCCGAAACCGACCACGGCUCUGUACGUCGACCCGGCCAGCGUUCUCCCACUAAAACCCCCCGGCUCAAGAGAACCUCCCGUUCCACAUUCAUGCCUCAGUACCGUGGACUCGGUCUACUCUGAGGUGUACGACAAAAUCAGCCCGGACCAGAACAAACAGAACGUCCUGCAGAGAAAAACCAACACAAACAGUGAACCCAUUUACACCGAGCCCAUGAGCAACACAGACAAGGUGUCUCCCAGAACCGAGACCAAACCCGACCCGUUUGAGCACCUUUACGCUAAAGUCUGCAAGACACCUCCAUCAUCGAGUCCCACAACAUCUCCCACCGCCGCCGCCUCCACGCCGGCCUCCUCCACUACCACCACCACGACUAGUCAAGAACCUCUCGAUGACGUCAUCUAUGAAAACCUGGGGAUCAUUUAACUUGGCUGUUUUCUGGAGGCCAAAAGUCCUGCUGACAGUCUGAUGAAUUCACUUAGAAACCCGACUUUCUGAUGUAUUUUUACAUUUUUAUUUUGUAAUUGUAAUGUCAUAUGUUGCCAUCUGUUCAAGAACAAACUCAGCUCCCUCAGGUCCGGUUCCAGAAUAAAAUGACUGAGAAUGCCUCUGAAAUGACUCCUAAACCCAGUUCACACCCAGUUUCUGCAUGUCAGCUACUUUCAUCUGGACCAAACAGCCACAAUGUGCAAAUUCACUGAACUUUCCAUCAAUUUGUGGUGACAGCAAACAUCGGACACAAAAUCAGUUUGUAGUAGAAUCAGUAGUGAAGAGCUGAUCCAAAUCAAGGUAUUAUCAGCUGGUGGUUUGUUUUAAGCAUUGGAGUUCUGGGUGGAGGACAUAAAGUGUCACAUUAGUCUCUGUCAUGGUGCCCCUUUACUAGCUAAACCCCCACAAUGCUCUCUGCUUUCACAUGAAGUGUAGUCUGAGUGACACCUCCUCUGGUCUCUACAGGAUUAAACAAGAAGAGCCUCCACCUGCUGGAACAACCAGGAACUACAGCUGAUCUACGAUACAUCUCUACCCUCUAACACUGCAUUUACCCUCUAACACUACAUUUACCCUCUAACACUGCAUUUACCCUCUAACACUACAUUUACCCUCUAACACUACAUU